GACUCUAGGGUGUCAGAGAAGUAACACAAGUUUCAGAGCACCAAACUCAUAGUGAGCUUUUUUUACUAACUGUCUAAGAAGAAGUCCAGCAUGCAAUUUCUGUACCGGCAUAUCUCAGCAGCUCAGUGGAGCACCUUCUGCUACCUGGCCUGUGUAUUCAUCAUGAUCUCCUGCUCUCAGCCAGUUUCCCCUGUUCAUGCCCCUCCAGUGACAACAGGUUUUCGCUCUGCUUUCUCUGCCACACGAACCAACAGUGUGGUGGGAGGCAAGCAGAGGGCUGUGACCUUCAACAGACUCACAGUCAACAUUGGAGGGGACUUCAAUCCAGACACUGGCCUGUUUCGCUGCCGCAUCCCUGGAGCUUAUUAUUUCUCUUUCUCUGUGGGGAAGUUCCCAAAGAAAAUGCUCUCUGUGAUACUGGUGAAGAAUGGUGAGGAGGUGCAAGCGAUGGCGUAUGAUGACUACAGAAAGAAAGGGAGGAAAGUUCAAAGCCAGAGCGUCAUGAUCAGUUUGAAGGAAAUGGACACAGUGUGGCUGCUUUUACAGCAGAGCCAGCAGUUUGCUUUGUACAGCAACGCCGGCCCUUACAUCACCUUCUCUGGUUACCUUGUCUACCCGGAUGUCUCCCCGAGCAGCUUCAUCAGCAACCACCUGUCCCCACCCGGGGUGUCAUUUCCAAACUGCCUCCCUCAGGCUGACCCCAGGCCGCAGUCGGCCUUCUCUGUCGCACGGACGUCCACAUUCAUGGGCCAGAGCAGUAGGCAGCAGGACAAACCACCUCUGACCUUUGAUGUGGAAUAUGUCAACAUAGGGGGACACUUCAACAGAACCUCCGGCCUGUUCACCUGCCACUUUCCUGGUGCAUACUUCUUUGCCUUUACUGUGGGGAAACACCCUCGCAAGGCUGUGUCUGUGAAGCUGAUGACUGGGAAGGGUGAGGUGCAGGCGAUGGUGUUUGAUGAGGAUACGUCAAAGAGGCGGGAGAUGCAGAGUCAGAGCUUGCUGCUGUCUCUAAAGCAGGGUGAUAGUGUGUGGCUGUACAGUCAGCAGGAUGAGCGCUACGCUGUUUACAGCAAUCAGGGGAGGUACACCACCUUUUCUGGCUUCCUGGUUUAUCCUGAUGCAGAGACACUCAGUGCUCCCACCUCCCAGGAUAGAACUCCCCUCUAA